GGAAACGUCACACUUUCACAAAGCGAGGAGGAACAUCACAGGAUCGAAAAAACACGAGUUUACAGAGAACAUUUGUAUGGAGCCUAACACAAUUGCUGAACCAGAUUGAAAUCUAUUUGAAUUUCUCAUCUCGAAAGCAACUCUAAACACUCUACGCAUGUUUGAUUGUUUUGUAUGUUUUGCUUGUGUUACCAUAGCAACUCGGCUUCUUUUGCGUUCUUUUGCGUUCACUGCUUAUUUCUAGUUUAUGUGAGGUAACGAAUGAUGGCCAGCGGAUCAAAAUAUAAGGAGCCCAGAGUCAAUCACUACAGAACAGAGACACAACAAUUAAUACAAACGAUGAUGCAGGAGUCUCGUCUAACAGACUUUCAGCAGAGGCAGAUCAAUAAUCAGCUGAAAAAUGGCGGCGCUCUUCCACUAACAUUUAAUCUCACCCCGUUUGAGCCCAGUGUUCAGUCAGAGCCCAGAGUCACUAAAGUGACCGCUCUGAUUGGUCAUCAGCAGAGACGCAGCUCAGAAAGAUGCCGUGCUGGAGAUAAUUACAAACGAGAACAGUUCAAGCCUAGAGCAAUACGCGAUCUAGAGAAAGAGAAGAGACAGCUACAACAUCUUUUUUCAACUGGUCAAAAGGAUGUUGGGCCAACUCACUCCCAAAGAGACUCCACAGAGAGAAGAGAGCAACAGAUCGAUCGAUUCCAAGAGGUUCUGGAUGAGAUUGAGGAGAGGAGGCAGUUUUUAGAGGACAUGGUGGCAUUGGGAAAAGGUCACCAAUACCAACACCUCAUCAACACAGAGAUUUCCCAGAAAAUCCAUGAACUUGAAGAGAUUGACAGGAAACGGAGUGAAGAACUAAGCACACUCAAGCUAAAUGGAAAAAAGGAACAAAGCAAAGAGAGGGAUAGAGAAGGUGAAAAUAUGAGUUAAGACAUCUAUGAGUAUUAAAGUAUACUUUCAA